AUGUCUGAGAUCCGCCGCAAGCUUGUUAUUGUCGGAGACGGCGCGUGCGGCAAGACGUGCUUGUUGAUUGUGUUUUCCAAGGGCACAUUCCCCGAGGUCUAUGUACCUACCGUGUUUGAGAACUAUGUAGCCGACGUCGAAGUCGAUGGCAAGCGCGUCGAACUCGCGUUGUGGGAUACCGCUGGUCAAGAGGACUAUGACCGUCUGCGCCCGCUCUCCUACCCUGACUCGCACGUGAUCCUUAUCUGCUUUGCUGUCGACUCGCCCGACUCGCUCGACAAUGUCCAGGAAAAGUGGAUUUCAGAAGUAAUGCAUUUCUGCGCUGGAUUGCCGAUUAUUCUCGUCGGGUGCAAAAAGGACUUGCGUCGUGAUCCCAAGACGAUCGAGGAGCUGCGCAAGACGAGCCAGCGACCGGUUACUCCCGAAGAGGCAAGUAGACAAUAUGACGCUUGA